UUAGAUCAGGAUAUAUCUUUGCAGAAACAUGGCUGGGAGGACAUUUGAACCUGGCAGAAGGCUGAUGACCCUCACUUAAAAUUGAAAUCUACCACUGUUCUUGCAGUCCGAACACUCUUGGAUUCUCAGCAGCAUAACGUGUUGGGUCUUCUCAAGCUGAUAAUUGAGAGCCAUAAUGUCAGACAUAGGAGAUGGACCACGUUCGGGGGACGAUCUGACGGAUGCAAAAUCUGUUCCUGGUUCCAAAGGAAAGAACCUACCUGCUAGCAAGUCUAUGGACUCUGGGAUUCUGCCGGACUACAGUUAUAGAAUGGAUUAUCCAGAGAUGGGGCAAUGUAUAAUCAUAAACAAUAAGAACUUCCACAGACACACUGGAAUGUCACCCCGUUCGGGUACAGAUGCGGAUGCCGCAAGUGUCAGAGAAGUUUUUAUGAAGUUGGGAUAUAAAAUAAAGAUCAACAAUGAUCUUUCAUGCGGGGACAUUUUUAAACUAUUGAAAAAUGUGUCUGAAGAAGAUCACAGCAAGCGAAGCAGCUUUGUUUGUGUGUUGCUAAGCCACGGUGAAGAAGGAUUAAUCUAUGGCACAGAUGGCCCUCUUGAAUUGAAAGCACUAACGAGCCUUUUCAGAGGUGACAGGUGCAAAAGUUUAGCAGGAAAACCCAAGCUCUUUUUCAUUCAGGCUUGUAGAGGGACAGAAUUAGAUUCCGGUAUUGAGGCAGACAGUGGAUCAGAGGAAACAAUGUGCCAGAAAAUACCUGUAGAAGCAGACUUCCUGUAUGCAUAUUCUACAGCUCCAGGCUAUUACUCCUGGAGGAAUUCAGCUGAAGGCUCCUGGUUUAUUCAGUCACUGUGUAAGAUGCUGAAGGAAUACGCAAGGAAACUUGAACUCAUGCAGAUUUUAACUCGUGUAAACCGCAGAGUGGCAGAGUACGAGUCCUGCUCAACUCGCCAGGAUUUUAAUGCAAAGAAGCAGAUUCCGUGCAUUGUCUCUAUGCUCACCAAAGAAUUUCACUUCCCUUGCUAAAAGAAUUUCACCUUGGAAUUUUUCAGUUCACGUUUUUAUCUGUAAUUUAUAUGCGAUGUUAGUAUGGAAUACCACUUUUAAAUCUUGAAUUACUGUUCACUGCUGUGUGUGGCAUAAUGACUGGGUAGAUAUGUCCGUUACUAGGAGUAAAACGUAGUAUGGCUGUGUUAGAAAUGCAGACUUGAGUAGCUGAAGCGCAGGCAAUUUUGAAAGUACUGCUCUGAGUAUCUCAAAAAAUUAGGCGGAGGAGGCUGAAGAUCACUUAUCAGAUCUAUUUGGUGCUAUAUUUCACUUCUGCCCACAGGAAGAAGAUUCAGAAUGCGAUAUGUUUACUAAUGAUGGUAAUAGUGUUGUCGUACAUUCCUUCUUAACUCCAGUUCUUAAGGUUUAGGUUAUAAACUAACUUAAACUGGUUUUAUAACUUAGGGCAUAAACUGUGGAAAACAGCCAUUGCAUUUUUUACAGACAAUUAGGAAGCACAUUGAGAAUACGGUCAAUUUUUUCCUGAUCAUUUUAUAACUUUUCAUGUGGAGUAUUAGCUAAAGCAAUUAUAUCAACUCGGUACCUGUUUCGAAAAAGAUUUUGUAUUCUGACCUUUAAAGCUGCGUGACUAAAGGACCAGUUUUCCAAAAUGUCUUUGGCUGCAGCUCCCUAAGGGGGGAGCUGUUGGGGCAUAUUUAGAGCUGGAAGAAUUGGUGCAAAAGGAAGUCUACGUUAUGAAUAGUCUGCUUUCCUCUUUCUGGCCGUGAAUAAGAGCAGGUUUGCUUUGUGCUGCGUGCGUACUACCUUUAAUUUGUGUGGAAACAUGGAUUUGUGGUACUGGAGAAAUUUCCCUUCUUAACUUUAAUAUCAGUUUGAGUUAAUUACAAGACUUUAGCUAAAAUAUGUUAACAAAUAGUAAAUUUAUACCUCGACUCUCAAUUUUGUGCAACAGGCUUUUACAAAAUUGUGAAACAUUUUUGUUGAUGUUUCAGAUUGUGGCAGUCUUCUUAAGAUCAGAGGAAGACAGAAUGCUAAAUGACUAUAGGGUGCUGCAAAACAAGACCUAAAACUCUUUAAAUUGCGUAGCAUAAACAAUGUUAGCAAAUUGAUGUUUACUUCCAGAGGCAUUUGGGGUUUUUUUAACUUAAAUUAAAUACUGUUUCCUAAAUUGUA